AUGGCUGUGGCCGUUCUGGCCGAUAAGAUCUUUCUAUGUAGGCUGGUCGUUCCUCGUCCUCUUCUCCUACAAACGGCGCAGGUGAUCCAGAGCCGAAUCGGUGGACUUGUUGGUCGGGCUGUUCGUCACAUCCCCUAUUAUCGACGAUCACCGACACAAAUGGACAACCUUGAUCUUUUUCAGAGCAUCCAUCAAGACAUGCGCAGUUCAGGCAGCAUCAUGCUCUGUCUUCCCGAGCACAUGUUGUCAUUCAAGCUGAGCGGGAUCCAGCGACUGGCAGACGGAGGGCUCAAGUUGGCCAAGAGGAUGAUUGAAAUUCAGAAAUGGCUAGAAAAUUUGUGUCGCGACGUUCUCGAUGAAUCGGACUAUACGCUCUCGGCAAAGAUGCAGCUGAUAUACCCCAGUGGCACCCCAAUGACGAUCGACGGCCAUCCUCAGCGUUGGCAAUUAGUCGAGGAGCUCUUGUUACUUAUUGAAGAUCACGUUCCAUACCUUCAAUCGAGAUUCGGGGGCUAUCCGAUCAUCCAUUUCUUGCGCGCCGAAGUCGAGGAUAGGCUCAACGCACUUCUUGUCAACGACGUUCGCGAAGGCCGUCUUCCUCAGCUCCAGUUAAAGAACACAAGCAACGUCAAUGCGCUGAGGGACGUUGGCUUGAUCGUAUCGGGCGUCGAUGUCGACCUGCCUACCUGGGAACAAGCUGCUGAAUCCCUAACAGACGACGUCUUUGGCUUGAAGAACCUUUACCUGCUUCGGGGUCUCAUUUCCCAACGUUUGUUGCUGUAUAGUCUGCAUCCCCAACGAGCCCCUAUUGCAGUCCCUUUUGAAGCAAAAGGCAUUCCCUCGCCAACUGCGGAGUAUGGCUAUCCGGAUACAGCCUUAUACAAGCAAUUGGUUCACGGGUAUAAGCUACCGGCCCGCCUCAAACACUGGAACUUGCUCCACACCGACGAUGAGGCCCAGAUCGAGGAACUAUGGACAUACUUGAGGCUCGACAGAGGCGUACUAAACUACUUCAUAGACAACUUUGCAUUCCUAGUAUAUGCAAAACAGUUUAGGACCAAGCUUCAGACUUUAGGCUGGGACAUCCCCCUUUUGUCAAAUAACGCCUCCUCAAGGAAUCUCACCAUGGGCUUCAGCAGGACUAAUGAUAACAAGACCAUGCUCCCUCAGUCAAUUAAGCAGGACGACUUACCCAGCCUCGUACAGACAAAUGCAGAAGUUCUCGGUUACCUCUUAGAGCCGCGGAACCAGAAGUGCAUUCAAGCCGUCAACAGAAAUGGUCGGCACCUGACCGAGAAGGGACUGCUGGAACUUCUUGGCAACAAACAGAUACGCAUUCUCAUCGAUGCGGGAGCUUACAUCUUGGAGAUGGAGAAUCUAGAUCUUGCAGCCGCCUGGCUUGACAUCUAUUCCGAGGCUCAAGAUGCCGUCUACUUUGACCGUAAUAACAGAAUCAUGGUCCGCGCCCGUUUUCAGAAGGCCCCUGUGCCUCUUCUUGCAAGUCUAUUUGCCGAGAAUCUCGAGGAAUGCGUUGUAUACAUCGAUGAAGCACACACGCGUGGUACGGAUCUAAAGCUACCUGUUAACGCCAGAGGGGCCGUGACGCUUGGCCUUGGCCAGACAAAAGACCAGACACUUGGCUCGAUGCAGUCCAUAGCACUCGUUAUGCCUCUUGAGGUGUACCAGAACGUUCUCGAUCUCCGACCUAGCGAGGACCGCACGCAAUCACAGGUGGUAUCUGCGGACGCAAAUGAGAAUAUGAUGUCUCUCCAUACGGUACAGGGGUUUGACUUCUAUCGGCGCACUAAUGCAUUGUGGAAGUACUCGGACUUUUCCACUAAUAUAGAAGACAGGCUACAGCUUCUCAAUGCCAUCCAACGGCGAGAAGACCAGACUCUUGAGCAGCUUUAUGGUCCCAGACAGUCCAGACUGACCUCGGGAGCCACGGCCCAGCUCGAAUUUGAAUGCUUGAAGGCGUUUGCCACCAAUUUGAGCCAGCAGAACGUUGACCCAUCGGGACACGACUCGUCAGCAUUCCAAGAGGUUGAGCAGGAGCGAGAGGUCGAGUUUGAGAUCGAGCAGCUUCGUGAGAAGCAAAAGCCCGUGAACUACCUCGCGCUCACUUUCCCUGGGCUCGAUCCCACCAUCUUACGUUUCGCCCAGACCGGAGAGCUUCAAGAAGGCGGCAAUUUCACCCAGGGGUUUGACUUCCUAAGUAGGACGAAGAUAGGACGGAAAUUCAGCAUAAAGAAGACUCCCUCUAGGUUCUUUACCUCGAGGCAGUUCUCCAGAAGUAUCGGAAGUGGUCGUUCUAAUAAAACCUACGAUUUUGUGCGGCCCGUUGAAUGGGUUCUCUGGAGCGCGGAGACGGAGACAGCCCUCAUCGUUAUUCCUGAAGAGGCCGAGCUUCUUAUUGCGAUGUUUCGCGACACGAGCAAGAUAUGUGUGUUGCUGCUGACUUAUUCUGCACCAUACUUUACAAUACCACUCUUAAUUGAGAUUGGGGUUCUUGUGCUUGCAGUUGAUUAG